CUUUAUAUUGCUUUACUCAAGUUUAAUGUGUGUUUGUGGCGUGUUUAUGGGUGGAUGUCCGUCGCUAAAAAACAAGUCUCUUCUUUCAUCGACAGAUGUGGCAGGACAUCGAGACGGUGCUCCUGGGGGACACCGACCACGCCGCCUCCCAUCAGGAGCCUCUCGCCCCUCCUACCACCACCUCCACCACGUCCUCCUCCUCAACGACGAUUUUUUCUCCUUCCUCCCUCCCUGAGAUACCCUCCAUCUUGCAUCAGGCGUUGGUGGCUUCUCCCUCUCCCCGGCCGCACUCCAUGCACUACUCAGCCUCCUACUGCCCCCCUGGUGAGCACAUGAUGGGCGGCAUGGGGGGCGAUGAGAGUCAGGGCGGCUACCAUGUGCCUAGUGACGACGGGCACCACUACCGAGGCGCUUCCCCUGCCAACCCCAUGGACACCCACUACCCGGGCCAGUACGCCUCACCCUACCACUCGUACAUAGAAACUCUCGACGUGGAGGCCCAUGUAGAAGAAGUCAGUAGGCCGCAGUACACCGCGAGCGUGAUAGACGGGCCCGCCAUGAUGCAGGCCGAAGAAUUCGUGGACCUGGAUGCUCUGGCAAAGCAGGCAGCCGAAGGUCACUACUGCGGUGACCCCAGCUCAGCUCCGCCACCCCGUCAGGACCCACCCCAGCAGUUCCAGUUCCCGACCCUCGAGGCGCCUGCCAAGCUGCCAUCCAUCACACUCCUGCAGCCUCGCGCCCUCACCUCCACGACGUUCAGCACCACCCUCCCGCCUGUGUCUGCAGUCAUCAACGCCCAACACCAGAUGCACCAAAACCAAACAGGGGAGGGGGUUACUCCCACGAUGUCUGCCCCAACCGCCCACACUGCCCAGAGGCCGCCGGGCAUCCAGGGCGUAACACAGGUCACGUACACGCACGGCCAGAUGUCUCCUCCCGCCUCACCCGACAAUGAAGAGCUGCCCCCAGGCGUGCGAGUGUCGGGCUGUGUGACCCACAUGGCGGGAAGCGCGCCCCUCAACACUCAGGCCCUCACAAGACAGACUCUCCAGACUCUUGUGAAGGUCAUGACGCCACCCUCUUCCCCAAACCUAUCCGAACUGCUCUCCACACCGGUGACCACGGCGCCUUCCUGCCAGGCACUCACCCUUACUGACUCGGACCGCAGCAAGCAGACGAACCGUGAGCCGCCGGCACCACCCCCGCCAGAUGAACCCGAGCCCAAGGUGACAAAGAAACCCACAGGGAGGAAGAAGAUCACGGCCCACACCUGCCAACACCCGGGCUGCCACAAAACCUACACCAAGUCGUCGCAUCUAAAAGCGCAUCUGCGGACCCACACGGGGGAGAAACCCUACAUGUGCCACUGGAAGGGGUGUGGCUGGAAGUUCGCGCGGUCCGAUGAGCUGACUCGACACCUCCGCAAGCACACGGGAGAUCGACCCUUCCAGUGCAGGUUAUGCGAACGCGCCUUCUCCCGUUCUGACCACCUCAGUCUUCACAUGAAGCGGCACGUGAGCGUGUAGCCACCUGCACGCCCGCACGCCCACGCUGUAUAUAGUUACUCGGUGUACAAAGGUUAGGGGGCGACACCCUGGCCUGACCCAAGUUACCAGGAGACCCCUACCACCGCCCUCCCGCUCCGCCCCGCCCCGCCCCGCCCACACAUACGCCCAACCUUGCCCCGACCCUGCCUCGUCCCGCCCGGCUACCCAUUAUCAUUAAGGAGACUCAGUACACUUAGCGGUGAUGACUGGGAUAGGGAGUCAAAAUUAAUACUGGAUGAAAUAAAACGAAUAAUGUCAUUCCACUUGGCAUAAUCCCACUCUCUUUGUCUCCCGUUCCCAGUCCACACUUCCCGGGCACUUUACUCUAAAAUCCACACAGUCAACAUCCAAAAUAACCAUAACAUAACCCUAUGCUCUCUUCCUCCUCCUCCUCCUCUCCACUCUUCUACUUUUCUUUCUUCUUUCUUCCCCAUUUCGUCCUCCUCCUCCUCCUCCUCCUCCUCUUCUACACCAAACUCUUCGUCCUCCUCUCACGCCAGUUUCCACCUCCUCACACAAUGGAGCAACCACACCGAGCACUCAGCGCGGCGUGCCUUCCCCGCUGCGUCAUCAUAAACAUACACACUCAAACUAAAUCAAUAAAAGCAAAACUAAGACCAAGUUGCCGCCGCGGUACACUGCUUGCAACACAGGUCAAGUGGAACAGCGGACAAGGUUAAUUGAAAGGGGAAGAAAAAUUAACCGUGAGAGGUAAUUCAGGUGUCUGCCAUACAGAAAGAAGAGCAUCACACACACACACACACACACACACACGGAGAGGGCAGCUCAGAUGGGAGUGUAGGAGUAUUCACCCGAAGAUUCACGCUCUCGUCGUUCCUCGCACGCGUCGAGGAACGAACGCCCAGGGUGGGGACGAAUGUGUGAAGCUGAUGACGACCAGAGAAAAUGGUCAGCGUUGCUUCACGGGAGCGUAGAGUCUACUAUUGCAAUUUAGUUUUACCGUGUAUAUUAGAAAGACACUGUUUGCUCACAGAGUGCCAUAGUAAAACUUUUAUCAGAAUAUAUUAUAUAGAGUGAACGACUUCGUGCUAUUUCCUCUUUUUCUUUAGUCACAUGUACAACAUAGAUUAUAAAUAAAAUCUAAAAGAUAUACAAACGUGUGAGUAGAAUUACACAGCAUAAGCCUGGACGUGACUACACUCUCGGGACUUAGUCAGCAGCUUUUUAUAUUAAGAGAAAAAUUAUAUUACCCUGAAACGAGUAAACUAGUCCGGGUGCCAUCCCUCGUGGGCCUUAUGGCGAGCAUCCCUAAGGCUUAGUUUGCUCCACGCCGAUGCCAUAUGCCUGAAGGGGAGAAAGGGUGUGGGAGGAGGAGGGAGAGAAGUGGUAGAAGGAAGGGAGAGGGCCAUGACACGCAGGGCCUUUCUUCCCAUUCCCUCCCUCCUUCCCAUCCCCUUAUCGCCUCCCUUCAUCCCCCACCCCCUAAUUCCUCCCGCCGCUUCCCGGAGCUACUGUUUCAUUAGGGUAAUGGACGGCCACAAGAGUGAGGACUCCCCCGGGCACUCCCACCCGAUACGACCCCACGCGAGGCGCGGCAGACACGCCACACCCCAGCCUGCCUCGCACACCCCGCCGCACACUCCAGGUAUCCCUGCCUUCCCCUCCUGUCUUCUGUAUCUCGUCUUAAUUAGGAAAUAAAAUGCUAUAAAACCUGGAGGAACACCCAUAGGAGGAUGAGGAUGAGGAGGAGGAGGAGAAAGAGGAGGAGGAAGGAGAGUAAGAGGAGGAAGAGGAAUAUCAGGAGCAGCAGGCAGAUCUGAAGGAAAAACAUACACCAACUCGUUUAUCAAGUCCUGCACAGUGACAGGAUGACCCAGGCGCCCAGUAGCUCGCGGGCUUGUGUGGGAGCGGACGGGCAUGUGCGUGCGUGCGAACGUGUGUGCGCUCAUGUGUGGGCGGUGCGGGAAAACCUGGCUAUUGGAGAAGUAGGAGUAGGAGGAGAUAUUGGAGAAUAAAUAAUUAGGGGGAUUCCUCCGCGCUCUAGUUUGACUCAUUAGACUCAUAGUUCAUAAUGAAUAUUAAGUGUUGUGUUGUGGUGUUACCGCCGCCGCCGCCGCCACCGCCCCCGCCUCUGCAAGAACAAGAAUGCGGAGCAGGGCGGGUCUGGCGGCUCCUUCGGCGGGUGUUCCGGUGGGGACACACCUGUAUGUCAGUAAUUAAGGUGCUUGUGUUCUCGGACCGACGUGAGGUCAGAUGUAUAUAUCAUGUCCACUUCGUGUUUCUUAUUUUAGAGAGAAAAGACUUAUUCCAGAUAUGUUUUCAUUUGUUUAUCGAAUGCGUGCGUGUGCGUGUGUGUGUGUGUGUGUGUGUGUGUGUGUGUGUGUGUGUGUGUGUGUGUGUGUGUGUGUGUGUGUGUGUGUGUGUGUGUGCUAGCGUGCGUGUGUGCGUGCAUGCAUACGUGCACGUGUGUGAGUGCCUGCGUGCACCACGGCGACGGACAGACUGUACGUGGAGCAAUGGACGGGGUGAGGAGCCUCGCCGCCAUCUGUAUCUCAAAUGUAGAAUUAAUUUUGACAAUAUUAAUAUCUUUUUCCUCCCCGCCCCUUGCCUUCCAUGCUUCUCCGGAAGCUGCUAGAGGCUAUGCAGGGAGUGACGGGGCGGGGAGGGGCGGGGCGGGGCAGGAUGAAGACUAGUUACCGAGGCGUCUAUAUCCAGUUGUGGAGCAAGGGUCCCGCGCCGCGGGGUCUGCGAGGCGCCAGACAUGUACCGCCUCACCAACAAGGGCUCAAAGGUCACCUGCCCAGGAGUGACACCGGACCAGACCCUCCUGGCGGGGCGCCGAGCCGAGCCACGCCCGGCCGCCUAGGGACUUCAACACCGCCUCCCCAUGACCCUGACGUGCCGCCACACUCCCACUGCAGCCACGCAGGUUCCUCGGCGUCCAACUGGUCUCUGACGCCCUCAAGCCUUGGUAGACGGACAUCCCCACCGGGAGCCUCACGGGGUCACGAGGUCCUACAUUCUCCCUUCGCCAGGCCUCUUUGUCGCCCAUAAAGGAUACAACAACCUCUGGUAGUCCUUAAGCACAUUCAUGAGUGAAUUAGUGUUCAUUAACCCUUUGCCCCCCUAGAGGUCCUGAGGGCGGGGCAGGGGCGGUGAACCCCCUCCUCGGGCGGCAAGCCUGACAAUAAAGCCUAUCGGCAGCGGGGAGAUAGUCUGCUAGCCCGGAACACAACAAUAACACUGACAAUAACCAGCGGCGCCUCAGCCCUGCCCCGGCCCUUGUGAUACUAGUCCUUAAUGAAGUGCAUUGUGGGUAGCGUAGUGUGUAGUGCUCGCUCGCCCUCACGUCAGUCUAAUGUUCGCUUGUAUCUCGUGCUCAUUCAUUUACUGCAGUUAAAACUGUCGAAAAUAGAAAUAUAAUCAAGAUUAAGGUUUUAACAAUUUAUCUUCCUGCUUCGCCAUCUCCUGGAUGGCCCUGCCGGGCGGGCGGCACCGCACUGCUGCUGACGAUAAUGGUGACAAUGAUAAUGAUAAUAUGCGAGGGAGGGGUGCCUCCCUUGUAUCACCGGCACCCCUCCCCGCCUGGCCGUCUCUUGGUCCAAGACAAAAGCCACAUCCAGUCAUAAUCUAAGUAUCCCCUACAAAAGAAAACAACAAUAAUGGUAGUAACGAGAGUCCAGGAGCCCAGCCGGUGCCGCCCCCCGCUCGCCGGUGCCUCCCCACUCCGGUACCUGAUGACGCGGCCACCAGCACAGCAUGGAGCCCUAGCGUCUGUCUGUCUGUCUGUCUGUCUGUCUGUCUGUCUGUCUGUCUGUCUGUCCGUCUGUUUGUGUUUCCUACAUUUUAUCUGUUCGUUCUUGUCCUUCAUUCUCGGUUUAUAUUCUCAUGACGUCAUGUGUUUUAAACUUCUGUCUCGUGCAAUGAUGUCGGUUGUAACUUUAAUAAUUUAUGAAUGAGAUUUAUAUAAAUAUAAAUAUAAAUAUAUAUAUACAUAUACGUUCGUCUGUAUUCCGUGAGGCGGGGACGUGAGUGUGUGUAUGUAAGACUGUCGGUCCCCGGAGAUAUGAACGUAACCGUGUAUUUUCUCUCCCUCUCUGUGUGUGUAACAAAACAAGAGGCUGAUGGUGUAGUGAGAGGCAAGAUAAGGCAAACAAUAAAAAGCUACACGAUCAGGGUAGCUGACGUGGCCAUUACUUAGAUUCUCCUUACCCCUUCCUCGAUCCCUCUCACGCAUCCCCAAGCAAACAAACGAAACUACUCACUCACUGAACACAAACUUUUAAGUCAAAGGAAGAAAUUACCAGCUAAAGUCACAUAAAUACACACAACAGAUUCCAAAGUGCAUCUUCAUAACCUGAAAAUCAUAUUAAUUAGUCUUAUUUUUAUGUUCUGCAUCCUUUCCUCCUCCAGAAGAAAGGAGCGAGGGGAAAAGAGAGGGAGAGGGCAAGAGGGAGAAAAGGGUAAAAAGAGAGAGGGAAGAGAUUUUGUUUUUCUGCUUCAUAUAACUUGUAGCCAUAACGUGACACUCGAUGCAAACCACUUGAUUGACAACAAGGCUUUUUAAGUAGUUACAUUAAUAUCUUCACUUUCUCUCUCUCUCUCUCUCUCUCUCUCUCUCUCUCUCUCUCUCUCUCUCUCUCUCUCUCUCUCUCUCUCUCUCUCUCUCUCUCUCUCUCU